AUGGAUUCUAUGCGCUCUCUCAACACUUCCCUGCCGAGCUCAACCCCGCGUCCUCAGCCACCUGAGCAGCUUUUGCAGUCAUUCAAGGCCGCCGCUCUAUCUGUAACCAAUCUCUACAAGAAUGCAGUUUGCGAACAGGCCCAGGCUAGACAGGCAGGCUACCAAGAAGCUCUGGAGGAUCUCCUUCAUUUCCUUGAUCGUGAGAACUUAGGCGUCGGUGAUGGAGAGGGGUGGAGGGUCAGACAGUGGGCGACAGAGAAAUUUGAUGGAACUGGAUCCCAGAGCGGCGAUGAGGAGGAACGUGUCGACUCAGAUAAACGUGAUCGAAGCUCUACCCCCGUAACCUCUCGCAAAGAACCUGAUUCUACUUCUCGUCCAACUCCGGCUUCUACCCCCGCUGCGCAGCCGACCCCUACACCUCGUUCAGAACCCACCAACUCCGCACCUCAACCCCAAGAAAGUACUUUGGGGGCUCCGACUGUGUUUACAUUUACCGCCGGACCAACCUUCCCUCAACUCCAGGAACUUGAUAUGGAUAUGCAAUCGUCGGACAACUCGACCUCACCUUCGCAGGAUGGUGCUCCCGUCAGCGUCUCUGUCAUGCCUCGAAACUCCCGCCAACAACACCGCCACAACAAUCUCAACCGCCCAACUCCCCGUUUUCCCACACGUGAGUCGCCCGCUAGCUUGGGGUCAAAGCGAAAAUUUACAGUGCCCGACUUCUUCGAUUUAUCCGGACUAGCAAGCGGUCGAGACAUGUUUGGAGGGGGCAAACGAGGCCGUUUCACAUAA